GUCAGAAAACACUCUCUCUCAACUCCAUUGAAAAACACUUUCUCUCUCGCACCCUUUCUUAGUAUCUCUGUGGGACCCAUCUGAAGAUUAGGAUGAUAAGCUAUAGAGUCUGUGUCCUGGCUGCUCUGUUCUCUCUCCUCAUCAUCACCCUCAUUCCCACCACACAAUCAGCGGACUGCUGUCUGAAGUUCACUCGGCGUCCGGUGCACUGCCGAUGGCUGAAAGGCUACAGCUUCCAAGACAUUACUUCCUCAUGUGACCUCAACGCUGUCAUCUUCCAGAAUCGAAGGAACAAGUUUGUGUGUGCCGACCCCUCUCAAGACUGGACCAAGAGGGUACAACGCUGUCUGCGCAAGCGUCAGGAGAUGAAAUCCCAACUGAAGAAAAGGGUCUGAACUCAUGUUGCCAUGGAGAGGGCUUUCAUUACAGAACACCAUGUAAUACAUUAUUGUUAUAAUGUUAUAUUUUACUGAGACAAACAGCAAUAUAUUUCAAUAUACAGAGAGAUUCAUGAAGGUUAAGAUGUUUAAAUAAUUUAAUAUAAGUGAAUAUUUUUCAUCAUAUCUGUGAUUCUGAGGUAGUUUGAGUUUCAUCUCAGUUUGUGUAUAAUAACUGUAUUUAUCAUCGUUGUUGUUCUGUUUUAUAAACAGCAGGUGUAGUAUUUAUGAUACACAUGUAGAAACAUUAAAACAUAGUUUUCACACAGAGUACCACAAAAUAUGCUUGUGUUGAUGUUUCAUAUCCUCUCUCCAAUUGAAGCCAGAGAAAACCUUUUUAACUUUGUAUUUCCAAAGUGUCCAAAUCUCUAUAUGAGUUUUACUGAAGUAUACUUACUUUAAGCUCAAAGCUAUGAAAUAGAUAAUAAAAUGGGUAU